AUGGGAGAAGGAACGAUGAUUGAUUUGAGAAUCCAUGUCGGUGGAUCUAUGGAGAAAAACAACGUGGUUAAAAGUGAGAAUAAAGAUACUUGGGGCUGGUUUGUGAAGAAGCUGAAAGCAGAUUUAGACUUAGGAAACGGAGAGCAACUGACUAUUAUAUCUGAUAAGCAAAAAGGGCUAGUGAUUGCGAUAGAGGCUGAGCUUCCAAAUGCUGAACAUCGUAUGUGUGCGAGGCAUAUCUAUGCCAAUUGGAGAAAACAAGGAUUCUCAAGGUCAGAAUACAAGAAUCUCUUUUGGGGUGUUGCCUACAGUUUUACUGAAGGAGAAUAUGAUGAGCGAAUGAAGCUACUCGAGGACUAUGAUCAGACGGCUUGCGAUGCUCUACUAGCAACAGAACCACGUAGAUGGUGCCGUGCAUUCUUCAGUUUGGAGUCACAUUGUGCAGAUGUUCACAACAACUUAUCCGAGAGUUUCAACAGGACUAUCAAGAUGGCCAGGUCGAAGCCAGUGAUUAAUCUUUUAGAGGACAUACGAAGACAAGCUAUGAGAAGGGUAUCAAGAAGGUUUCUGAAAGCUGAGAAGUGUGACACGUUUGUCACACCAAUUACAAUGGUGGUGUUAGAGAAGGCUAGGGUUGCUAAGCAAUAUUGCUCGACAUUACGCAGUAGCAAGCAUGUGUACGAGGUGAAUGAGUUCGAAUGUGGUUAUUCUGUGAAUUUAGCCACUCACCAAUGUGCUUGUCGAAAGUGGGAUCUAACCGGUAUACCGUGCAAGCAUGCUGUAUGUAUUUUGGAUGAUAAUGAAGAUGAUACAACGAGGUAUGUAGCAGAGUACUAUUACACGAGUGUGUUGAGGGCAACAUAUGAAAAUAACAUCAAACCUGUGUAUGGAGAGAAGUUCUGGAAGAAGACAUACAAGACUCCAAUUGCUGUUCCUGAAUUUCGUAAACCACGAGGACGUCCAAAGACUAGAGACCGGAGAAAAGAACCGUUUGAAGAUCUUAAAACUGCAGGAAAAUCAACUAGACAUGGAAGAAUUCCACAUUGCAGCCAAUGCAAGCAAGCUGGACACAUUAAAACAAGUUGCAAGAAUGAACCUGUUACUGUAGAAGGACGAAAGAACCGACGGGGCCGACCUCGAAAGCAUCCAAAUGAGGACCAUCCGAAACCACCACCAAAGCCAAAAGGAAGAAAGAAAACACCAGUGAGCAGCUCUCAGCCUGUAACUUCAACUGAUAACAUAGUAGCUGAUGUAAGUUCUAGUGCUCCUCAACCUUCGUCCUCAACAAAUCAGGUCAAGCCACAUGUGAAGAAGGCCCCUACAGGGCGACCAUUGAAGAUAAGGAAAACUGCUGCCAUUCCAUUUGGUGUUGGGACGUUUUGGAGUCCUUACACUGAUCGCCCUUUCGAAGUUUUUGGAGACCGGGUUUAUGAUAGGUCUAACCUUAAUCCAAGCAGCCAUCCUCCAACAGACUAA